AUGUCCCUGAAGCUCGUAAUUGUGGCCGUUCAUCUGCUAUUGCUUCUCGUAGUGGACUUCUCGUCUGGGAACUUCUGCGAUCAGGGCCCCCCGGGACGCUAUUGUUACAAGGACCUUACCGGCUGGUAUGAUUGCAAAAUUGAUGCUAAGACCCAAAAGAUGACAGAGACGAAACACAAUUGUCCACCCAACAAAAGGUGUCAGUGUUUCUACGGUCCUAGCUGUUCAGCGAACAUAACAGAUCCUUGCGCAACAUAUCAACUUCCCCCUCCCCUGCCAAAGGUGUUUUCCACGUUUUACACCACAACAGUCACAAAUUGUAAGAACAAAGCCUGCACUACUGUGACGAACAUCGGCGAAAUGCUGCAGAACGCCACCGCUGGAGAGCAGCGAAUAGAUGAAAUUGGAAUAAGCUGGACCACGCGGUUUAUUUUUCCUUUCCAAUACAUCGAAAACGACGACUAUAUCCAGUUCGACACAGCUUGGUUUAAGAAGAGCUGCAUCCUUAAAACCCGCUCCAUUUUCCCGCGCUUUGGAGUUCCAUAUUAUUUCACCUGUGAUCUGUCGGAGAAGUUCAUUGAAAAGUACAACGCUACAUUGAAAAUGUGUUCCUGGGAGUCUGGGGGCCGCAGUAAGACCGAGAUGGUUUCCUUAGAGAGAUGGUUCCUGGAGAGCCUCCCUGAUGGUCGAUACAAGCCGUAUAUGUACCAGUCCAUAUCACGGCCGACUCCCAGCAGCAAUAACACUGAAUACACUGAUACCAUGUACUACUCGUUUUUCACGGAUUUCUUGGAUCCAAGCCAGCUGACGAUGCCUACGUUCUGCGCUCAGGGGGUCGCGGCUUUCUACAAAACCGAGGUUUAAGAUCAAGAGACACAUAGCCAGAAGUGCUGACAGGGCAUUUAUCAAUUGAGUGUUGAAACUAAUUUGAAAUUGCAUUUUAAUUGUUAUAUUCCAUUCGGUGAUUGGUUUAAAAAUCCCGUGCUCCUUCGCAUCGAAUCAGAUCCAAACUGAAAAGCAAACGGUUUUUUUUUUGAUUGGCUCAUGUUCUUGCUUUGAGUUUUUUUUUUCGACACUUACUUGAAAAGUGCUCUACUUUUUUGCACGCUCGUGUCUGUGAAGACUUUUGGCAAAAGAGAUUCGAUAGUUAUUAGCAGGUAAAAACAAGAGAUCUGUUCAUGAUGUAGACUGUAAGAAUUAUUGAGGGAUUCCCUAUUGACUUUUGACGAAGAUUUAAAAACACAAAUCUUCUUUGAUAAAAAGUCGCUAACAAAAUUUAUCACAUAAUACAAAAUUAUACUAUCUUGAGUUUUUUGAA